AUGGAAAGUUCACAGGCAUCCAUUUUUCCACUCUUAGAGGGUAAAGUAGCCAUUGUUACUGGCGGUGCCCAGGGCAUGGGCAAGGAAACCGCCUCGGUAUUUCUUCGGGCGGGGGCCAAAGUGGUCAUUGCAGAUGUCAAAGAAGAUCAAGGUCUGAAAGUUGCUGAAGAGCUUUCCUCUCUUGGAGAUGUUCGUUUUGUGGCAACAGAUAUCUCGAAUUCCAGUGAUGUUCAAAACCUCAUUGAGCAGACGGUUAAAGAAUUUGGAAAGCUAGAUGUGGCCAUCAACAACGCGGCGAUGUCACCGGAUAAGACAUCACUCACUGAGUUUGAUGAGACCUAUUGGCGUCAGCUUUUGGAUGUUAACUUGACUGGCACUGCUCUUUGCUGCAAGUAUCAAAUGCAGCAGUUUCAGAAGCAGAACACGAAAGGGUCUAUCGUGAAUAUUGCUUCUAUCAAUGCUUUUAUGCCCCAACCAAACAUGCCUGCCUACACGUCCGCAAAGCAUGCUCUUAUUGGUUUGACCAAGCAUGCUGCAACAGAAGGUGGCCCGAGUGGCAUCCGAGUUAACGCUAUUGCGCCAGGAGCAAUUUUUGUAUGCUAUACCUUACGAAUCCCCCACCUAAGAAAAAAAUUGGAAGAUAUACUAACCUAA